UGGCAAACGUAACUUACAAGAACAAUAAUCAAGAUAAAUAUAAAACCAAAAUCCACCAUUAAUUUACACACAACCCAGAGCUUCAACAAUGGAGAUUCCCUACCUCUACGUCUCUCUCCUACUCUUUCUAGCUUCUUAUCUCUUCACAUCCCACCUCCGCCGUAGAAUCUCCAACCUCCCGCCGACCGUCUUCCCAUCCCUUCCCCUCAUCGGCCAUCUUUAUCUUCUGAAACCACCCCUCUACAGAACCUUGGCCAAAAUCUCCGCCAAGUAUGGCCCCAUCCUCCACCUCCACUUCGGAUUCCGCCGUGUCAUCUUGGUCUCCUCCCCUUCUGCCGUCGAAGAAUGCUUCACCAAGAACGACAUCAUCUUUGCCAACCGUCCUCGGAUGCUUUUCGGCAAGAUCAUCGGCCAGAACUACACUAGUUUCUCUUCGUCAUCUUAUGGCGACAACUGGCGCAACCUCCGCCGCAUAGCAUCAAUCGAGAUUUUAUCUAUUCAUCGCCUCAAUGAGUUCCACGACAUACGCGUUGAAGAAGGCAGGCUUUUGAUUCGUAAACUGCUAUCAGAUUCUUCUCCGGUGAAUGUGAAGUUGGUGUUCUAUGAGCUGACGUUGAACGUGAUGAUGAGGAUGGUAUCCGGGAAGAGGUAUUUCGGUGGCGAUAACUUAGAAGAGGGGAAAGAGUUAAGGGAGAUAUUGAACGACACGUUUAUGCUCGCGAGUGCUUCAAACGUUGGCGAUUACUUGCCGAUUUUGAGUUGUUUGGGAGUGAAUCGAUUGGAGAAGAAGUUAAUCGCGUUGCAGGAAAGAAGAGAUGUUUUCUUUCAAGGGUUAAUCGAGCAGCUUAGAAAAGGGAGCAGGGAUCACGAGGGAAAUAAGAGGAAGACGAUGAUUGACCUAUUAUUAUCGUUACAAGAAUCAGAUCCCGAAUACUACACCGAUGCAAUGAUCCGAAACUUUGUGCUGGUUUUAUUAGCAGGUGGGACUGAUACUUCAUCUGGAACCAUGGAAUGGACCAUGUCUCUAUUGCUAAACCACCCACAAGUUCUACAAAAGGCACAAAACGAGAUCGACCGAAAUGUUGGCAAAGAUCGUUUUGUUGAUGAAUCAGACAUACCUAAUCUACCUUACCUCCGUUGUAUCAUAAACGAGACCCUGCGAUUGUACCCAGCAGGCCCGAUGCUAAUUCCACACGAGUCAUCAGAAGACUGUGUAGUCGCGGGCUAUAACAUCCCACGUGGGACCAUGCUUCUAGUGAACCUGUGGGCCAUCCAUCAUGACCCGGAGCUAUGGACCGAACCAGAAAGGUUCAAUCCAGAAAGGUUUGAAGGGGUAGAAGGCACACGAGAUGGGUUCAAGCUAAUGCCGUUUGGGUCCGGAAGGAGGAGUUGUCCAGGGGAAGGGUUGGCCGUCCGUAUGGUUGGGGUGACGUUGGGUUCGAUUAUCCAAUGCUUUAGUUGGGAAAGGAUGAGUGAAGCCAUGGUUGACAUGAGUGAAGGUCCUGGACUGAACUUGCCCAAGGCUGAACCCUUGGUCGUCAAGUGCAAACCACGGCUAGAGAUGCAGAAUCUACUGUCACAGCUUUUGUGAGUCUAUUAUCGAACCUAUGUUUCAUUCGAAAAAGUUAGAUGUCAAAGUAUGUAAAACCAACAACGCAAAAUGAUGAUAUACAUGGAAAGCUCGUGAGGAGCUGCACAUGAUGAC